UUCACCUCGUACUUUAGCAGUCCCUUAGGAAGCUCCUCCUCCUAAACCCUUCGAUAACCCCUACUGUUCCCCUCUCUGCCAAAGCCCUUGCUGUUUCUAUCAAAAAAUGGAAGUUCAAGAAGAAUCAGCAGCAGCUCCAAUAACAAACCCAUCUCCAAAACAACCACCUUUAUGCGAAGAGUGCAAACAUAAUCCAGCAAAAUACAAGUGCCCAGGUUGCUCAAUCCGCUCUUGUAGCCUCCCUUGUGUCAAAGCUCACAAGCAAAGAACUUCCUGCACCGGUAAAAAGCAGUACAAGGACGUCGUUCCCCUCUCUGAAUUCGACGAUAACCUUCUUUUGUCAGAUUAUAAUAUGCUUGAGGGUGUGAAGAGAGUUGCCGAAUCUGCUCAGAGGAUGAGAAUCAAGAUGUGUGGCUAUUCUCAUUUUCGACUGCCUUUACCUCUUAAAAGUCUUCGAAGUGCUGCAGCAAGCCGCAGGACAAAACUCCUCUUUUUUUCAACUGGAAUGUCCAAAAGAGAAAAAAAUAAAACCUAUUACAAUUAUAGGAGGAAGUAUAUAUCUUGGACCAUUGAAUGGCGAUUUAACUCAACUAAUGUGGUAUUACUGGAUCAUGGCAUACAUGAAAACAGAACCCUUUACUCCGUGAUUGAAAAUCAUUUGCAACUUGGUCCGUGGAAACAUCAGUUAAAGCGAUUCCGUGAGGAGUCACUCGAUUCUCUUAAAUUUUUCAUCCGCAAGUAUCCAAAGGGCUCCAGAUCACCUUUUCGUCAGUUGGACAUCAAUGCCCCAAUCCGUGAACAACUAGCCAAUUUAGUUAUUCUCGAGUAUCCUGUCAUCCAUGUUUUUCUUCCUUCUCAAAGCUAUGAUUUUGAAGUUAUCAAGGAUGUCAUUCCUCAAAAAGCCAGAGUAAAGGAAUCUGUUAGCACUGAUGAUGUUAAUCAAAACGGAGUUACCUUCAAAGAAGAAGAAAUAGAAGAAGAUGGCUCUUGGGAUACCCAAGUUUCGGAUCUUGCGAGUAACAAUACACUCGCAAAAUCAAGACUCACAGGCAGAAAAUGAGAAGGGAUAAAAAACCCACCAAGUCAUUUGGAAGGACAUGCUUGGCAAAGGCAAAUAAAGGGCCCAUGUCAUACUUAACCAGCAAUGCCUGCAAUUGUAAUCCUGAAGAGGUCAAGAAUAAAGAGAAGUCUGCUAUAUGUGAUAAUGCAGUCACUGGUUUUGAGCAAGGACUGGUUGAUGCUCCCGCUCCCUCAGACUUAAUUGCACAUACUAAAAGGGGUGACUUUCUGGAGAUUGAUGGCGUUGUGAAUGGCAAUGGAGGUCUACUCGGAAGUUGUGGUCAUGCAGAUUCCAACCCUAUAGAGGAAGGACUAGAGGAAGGGGAGAUAUCAUGAUUGCCUUACUGAUUACGCAUUUGAUAAGGCAGGAUUCAAGUGGAGGAGCAUUGGAAUAGUGGAGAUGGUUACAUUAGAAAGCUUCUGCAAUUACUAUACCUGUUAGUCUAGGAUGUAAAAUAUGAGUCAGACAAUUGUGUUUCAAGGAACCUCCAAAUACAAAUCUCCAUAUUUUGCUCAU